AUGAGUGUCACUGAUGUGUCGAGAAAUAAACAAUGUUGUGACGAUGCAGUCAAUGAAUCAGUAGAUUUUCUGAAAGGAGUUAAUAUCAUACAGAGUUACGUCACUGAUUAUAUCCGAUAUCGUGUGCAUUUACAAAACGGCUAUUGUCCAUGUUUGCCAGAAAUCCCAAGUUCAGAUGAUUAUCGAUUUGAGUUAAUUCGAGCAGUUGCCUUAAUUUUUGAACAAAAACAUUCGGAGGAGCUUACGAAUAUGGUUACAGCGUUAUGCAUUCAUGGAAGGCUUACAUUUCAACGAUAUGUUAAGGUUGUGGAAUGUUUUGCGCAAAAUAAUGAUGAUGAUGAGCGAGAUGAACAACUAUCUUAUGGACGGUUGGUGGCAUUGAUUGCAUUUGCUGGAUUAGUUGCAAUAAAACUUUGUGACAUGGGGAUGUUUCCGGAUGUUUCAAUGAUUGCAUCCUACACGUCCAAAUUUUUGCAUAAGCAGGUCGUUUUAACAUGGCCACAGAAUAAACGUUCUUGGGAAAGCUUCUUCGAUCGCGCGAAAAUGAUAAUUGAUAGGAAUGAAACUGAAGAGAAUGAACAAUUCAACUUAAAAUCGGAGUAUAGUCGGUGGUGGUUAUCAAUUAGAGCGUUGGUGAUAUUCAGCAUGCUUGGUAUUGGUGCUUUCACGUUAAUUAAGGCAAUGCUGAGAGCACGAUAA